CGGGGUUGACAGGUCCUCUUAUCACCUCGGCUUUCCACCCCAUACUCACUCGCAACCACGAUUGUACAAAACAAUAACCACUAGAAUGCCAUCAGAAACAAUCGUCGUAGUCGGCGCCGGCAUCAUCGGCCUAACAACAGCCCUCACCCUCCAAACCCACCUGCAACCAACGCAAUCCAUCCUCCUAAUCGCACGCGACUUCCCCAGCACAACAUCCCUAAACUACGCCUCCCCCUGGGCCGGUGCGCACUACCGCCCAAUCCCCGGAAAAACACCCCAAGCCCUCCGCGAAAGCGCCCAAGCGCGCCGCACCUACGCGGCAUUCAAGAAACUCGUUUCCCAGGAACCUGCUGCGGGAAUUAAGGAGGUAGAGGGGAUUGAGUAUCUGGAGAAUCCGCCGGAGGAGUAUUUGGAGAGGAAGGGGGUUGAGGAUGCGUAUUCGUCGUAUUUGGAUGGGUUUCGCGAGUUGGGAUCUGGGCAGGAUGGUAGGUUACCGGAUGGAGUGAAAUGGGGUGUGAGGUAUAAGACGUUUGUGGUGAACUCGCCGGUUUACUGUGCGCAUUUGCUGCGACGGUUUGUGUUGAAUGGUGGGCGGAAGAUGACGUACGAUCUUGCGGGUUUAAACGAGGCGUUUUACCUCGACGCGAAUGUGAAGACAGUGGUAAACUGUUCUGGGAUGGGGCUUAAUGACCCCAAAUCAUUUAUCAUUCGAGGCCAAACCUGCCUUGUCCGCAACCCGUGCCCAAUAACCCUCACCCGCCAAAACUCCGACGGAACUUGGUCCUUUUGCAUCCCUCGUCCUCUAGACGGUGGUACAAUCAUCGGGGGCACCAAAGAGCCUGACAACUGGGAUCCCAAUCCCUCACCAGAAACGCGGGCGAAACUCCUCUCCAACGCGGCCAAGUGGUUCCCGUUUACGGCAGAGAGUAAGGGGCAGUUUGACGUCAUGAGGGAUAUUGUGGGAAGGAGACCGGCGAGGGAGGGGGGUGUGAGGAUUGAGGUUGAGAGAAUUGUCGAUGGGAAGACGGUUGUUCAUGCUUAUGGGGCUGGGGGAAGGGGGUUUGAGUUGUCUGUUGGGGUUGCGGAGGAUGUGGUAGGUUUGAUGUUUGAGAAGGGUAUCUUGCGGACUAAAGCAUUGUUAUAGAGCCUUGUAUAUACUACUGCAUAUUGACUGUUUAAACCUGAGUACCAAUAGACCGUCGCAUCUUGAUCAUAAAGUUCAUUUAGUUUACCAAACACUUUUAGGAACAAGCUGGAUAUAACAGAACAUCGCUU